UUUGACUGAUAUUUAUUCACUAGAUUUAUACCCUGCCGACUGGAUAUAGACACUUCCUUAAUGUUUUUUUUUUCUUAAAAAAUAAAUAUUAUUAUACAUCAUAUGUCAUAGUAAAUCCACAGUUUGCUGUUAAUUUGUGCCUGAAACCUCUAUAAUUCUAUAUUUUAAGAUUUUGUAAAAAAAUUCCUCAAACGAUAUCAUGAGUACAAACAGUAACUUACCAUGUGAAGUUGACCCAGAAAUUCAAGAACUAACUGAGGAUGACGAAGUCAGUAUUGAAGAGCAAUGGGAUCAGUGCAAUAAAAAACUUCGGCAUAAAGAUUUUGUCCAAUGCAAAGAUUUCAUCACUAACCCGGCAAGGUUUUUAAAUGAUGCAAACAUUAUUUACGAUGCCAACCUAGAAAAGUACAUUUUGACCUGUAUAGCGUUAACUGUGAGGCUUGUGGUAAAUUUUGUCAGCCAGGACCGACCAGAUUUCUAUACAAAGUUGGCUGAUAAACGUGGCGAAAAUCAUACGUUUACAGGCAGUGGUAUCGUUGUGGGCACAGAGCCAUCAAAUAACAAGUGUAACUGUCUGAGACAUAAAAGAAUGUCUGAAAAAAACUAUGAGACAUGGAGUGUUUACAUAGCCUCAGCCACGCAUGUGGUGUUUGAUCAUGCAGAGGCUAAGUGUACAACAGCUGAGCUGUUUUAUCAUGACAAAAGUGAGAGAAAGGAUAUUAAAAAAAUCAGUGGAGUUCGACUGUAUGAACGUAGAAUUGAAGGGGAUUCGUGUAUCCUUGAGUGUGUCACAUGCAACCAGAGCUUGUUUACUCAGCUAGAUCAGGAAGUCAAUACACUAGAACAGCUGUAUAAGAGUUUACCCGGUGAUAAUGAUGCAAUAAUUAUCAUUUCACAUCCACAUGGAAUGCCAAAGCACAUCAGUUUUGGUAAACCUACCCAUCAACACACAAAAGAUGAAUCUAUGUUUACAUUAAGUGAACUGAAAUACAACACAGCUACGUGUCCCGGAAGUAGUGGAGCUCCAGUUCUAAAGUUAAAUGACACAUUUAGAGGAAGGCACUCAAACCUGAUAAUAACAAGUUUUCAUAUUCACUCAGGGGCAAAUUCAGGAGGACUUAAUUUCAGUGGAGUCGCUGCAACACCGACAUUGUAUGAUAAAAACAUACCGGUGGAUUUUCUAGAUCUAAAAGAAUUGAACCCUACAGUAACCGAUGAGAAUAACGGUGAUCAACAAGAUGUUGACUUUGAUGAAAAUAAACAUGAAAAUGAUCUUCAUACAACUACGGUUGAUUGUAGGAAAAACCCAGGACAUCCCGAAUUCAUUCCUGUAUAUAACUUUACAAUAGAACAUUUGCCUCCAGGAUAUCAAAAUGAUGAUAUUUUUUCUUAUAUUAAAACCUUAUCAGACUUAACUGGGAGAGUAACAGCAAAAUUUUCUAGUUUAAAUAGACCAAGGUAUGUGGAGGGUUCUAGAGAUCCUUACCCAUGUUACAAUGUACGUGGGCAGCAUCGUCUGAGAACGGGGUCUGGAUUUAUUGUGUCAGUCAGCAGACAAGAUUGUAACCAUGACCCCAACAGCAGAACGUGUCCAUGUCACGAAUGUGAAAAUUCAGAUACACCAGCUAAAGUUUAUUAUUUAAUAAAUGUGCAGACAGCGGCCCAUGUUGUAUUUGAUACAUCAGAAGCUCGCCAGUCUGUUGUGAGACUUAGGUAUGAUGAUGAGUAUUCGCCAGUUGUUAAAGUGUGUGGGGUUAGAGUGACUGAUAAAAAUGUUGCAAAGGAUACAUCUUUAGUUCAGUUUGUAACACAUGAUUUAGAUCUUGGUUUAGAAUUAUCUCAGUUACUUACACGUCUACAUGAAAGAGAACAACACAUAAAGGAAUUAUUUACAAUGUCAGAAAUAGAUAAACUAACAAUAAUAGUUUCCCAUCCACAUGGAGGCUUUAAACAAAUAUCUGUUGGACAAUGGGUUCAUAAAGAAUCGAUCACCUCAACUUUAGAUCAUGAGCAUACACGGUACACUUAUACAACGUGUACCUGCCCAGGUUCAAGUGGUGCUGCUGUGUUUAUUUUAGGUGAUGCGAUGCCGCGUGUACAAAAACGUUACCUAACAACUCAUGUGCAUAGAGGAGCUCAGAGUGAUGGAAACAAUAUCAGCGCUUUUGGAGUUGAAAGCUACAGAAAACCAAACAGUAUGCCUAGUAGCCCUGAGGUAAUAUUAGCCAGCAACGAUCAAGAUACAGUGUAUAAUAAAAGUGAUAGCUUUGCUUAUGUCGCACAAGACUAAUGACGUCCUCCCCCUGUGUGCUCUAGCAAUCUAUCGAUUCAAAAGUCAAGUACGGACAACUAGUCUGAAACAGUAACUAUGCAGGCUUCACGAAACUCACAGUUGCUUUCAAAACAAGAACUGUUUGGUCCAUGCAAACCGCUGCUCUACCAGUGUGGAUUAAUUGACAUUUACUGAAGUGUGGAUUAAUUAACCUUUACUGACUGAUAUAUGUGUUGUUAGUGAAACUGUCUUCUGAGUUAUUUUAUACCUAUAACUAGAUCUGUAUAUAAACGUGUUGGUACUCUGGUAACAGGAAGUAACAAUCUGUGUUCUUGGUGCGACUCGGUUCUAUAAACUUACAAGUACGGUUUUUAGUUGUAGACGUAGUAGUUUAUCACAUCAGCUCUUUGUAGAACUUAAAAUGUGAACAUUCCUUAAUAAUGUAUGUAUUUAUUAUUAUGUGUAUAAAUUUCAUUCUCUCUUUAAAAUCGUUUUUACUUAUCUUUUUUUUCCUUUUAGUGUCAGGUUACGUUUUUAACUUUAGUUUUAUAAAUAUUUUUUGUUAAAA